UUGUCGUCCAAUCAAAUCAUUCGGUAAAGGCGAAGGGGCGGGAGCAAAACAAGUGUGUUUUACAUGAGCAGUGCUGCAGUCGUGGUACAGUCCAGUUUACCGAAAUGGCGGAGACAGCGGACGGAAUGGAGGUGUCACAGGGAGAGAGCUCUGCAAAACCUGCAGCAGAAGACAUGACCUCCAAAGACUACUACUUUGAUUCCUAUGCACACUUUGGCAUCCAUGAGGAGAUGCUAAAGGAUGAAGUUCGUACUCUGACGUACAGAAACUCCAUGUUCCACAACAAGCAUCUCUUCAAGGAUAAGGUGGUGCUGGAUGUGGGAAGUGGAACUGGCAUCCUUUGUAUGUUUGCAGCCAAAGCUGGGGCCAAGAAAGUAAUUGGGAUUGAGUGCAGCAGUAUAUCCGACUAUGCUGUGAAGAUUGUGAAGGCCAACAAGUUGGAUCACAUCGUUACCAUCAUUAAGGGCAAAGUAGAAGAGGUUGAGCUUCCCGUGGAAAAUGUAGACAUAAUCAUCUCUGAGUGGAUGGGCUACUGUCUCUUCUACGAGUCCAUGCUUAACACCGUCAUUUAUGCCAGAGACAAAUGGCUGAAACCGGAUGGCCUGAUCUUCCCUGACAGAGCCACGCUCUACGUCACUGCUAUUGAGGACCGACAGUACAAGGACUACAAAAUUCACUGGUGGGAGAAUGUUUAUGGCUUUGACAUGUCCUGUAUCAAGGAAGUGGCCAUUAAGGAACCACUAGUGGAUGUUGUUGACCCCAAACAGCUCGUUAGUACUGCCUGCCUCAUUAAGGAGGUGGACAUCUACACAGUGAAGAUUGAGGACCUGUCCUUCACGUCACCUUUCUGCCUGCAGGUGAAAAGGAACGACUACAUUCAUGCGCUGGUAACCUACUUCAACAUUGAGUUCACUCGCUGCCACAAGAGGACGGGUUUCUCUACUAGCCCAGAGUCUCCUUACACUCACUGGAAGCAGACUGUGUUCUACCUUGAUGACUAUCUGACGGUGAAGACCGGAGAGGAGAUCUUUGGCACCAUCAGCAUGAAACCCAACGUCAAGAAUAAUAGAGACCUGGACUUUACCGUCGACAUUGACUUCAAGGGUCAGCUUUGUGAGGUGUCCAAGACGUCAGAGUACAGGAUGCGCUAGAUUCCUUUAGCAUCAGUGUGUGUGUGAGGCAACUCAGAGAGCAGUGCACGCUUUUGUGUGUGUGAAACCAUGUACAUUAUUCCAAACUGUGCAUGACAGACAUUUUUAGAAAUUCUGUUUUACAGAAUAUUGUCUGACGACUUUAUUUUUUAUUUUUUUCUUUCCCCUCUUUAAAAUACACCCAACCGGACUAAACAAUGGCAAAUUCUUUUUUGGCCUUGUUUUUUUUUCCAAAUUUUAGGUGCACCAUCUUGGAUAAAAUCCCCUGGGUUUAUGCAUGUACACAUGUGCAGCUGCUCUCUUUUGCCUGUUUGUCUGUCUGACAACGUCAUGUAUUCUUUUUGUUUGUUUUUUUCCCCCCUGCCCUGCCGACGUGUGUGUUGGUCACUGUAAAAAAAUGCAAAUCAGCCAUAUGUUUUGAAAUUCCAUCUGGUAAAGCCAGCAUCUUCUAUGUAGGUAAACCGGUCAUGUUCCACUGUGGACAGGAGCUCUGCCCAGUAGUAGCUGAAUGAGCCCAUAUCGUUUUUGUAUUUCUGUACUUGGAGGCAGUUGUUUUGGACCAUCAGUAGAGGGCGCCUCCAUUAUGCGCCUUUUGUCUUCUGUGGAGUAACAGUUUUAAUUCAUGUAGUGCUAUGUCUUCAUCUGUUACUUUUUUUUUUUUUUUUUCAAUGACUUAAUCAGAGGAUAUUAUCGUGUUAUGGAUGAGACAGCAUAGUGAUCUCUUGUGCAACUCAUAGGUGGUGUUAAUGAGCACUAUUUUUUAGGUCCGUUGAUCUUUUUAAUGUCAUAGAGGAAUCUUCAUCCGGUGACUGACAGUUUAGUUUAAGCUUAUCUGCUGCUCUUUUGCACUGUAAGCACUUAAAACUAAGAUUCUCAGACCCAGAACUACAAUUUAAUUCCAUGGAGGAAAACCUUCAGACUAAAUUUUCCAUUUGAAUGCUUUUAUUGAAGGUGAUGCUUAUCCUGUGUUUGAGUAACUUCACACUUGUUCCAUAUUGUGAUCUCUCAUAGUGUUGCUGUGUACUAUAGUGUGCACUUUUUGUUGAGGGGUGCAAGUUCAGAUGUCUUGUCUAGCACUGGUUUGGAUUAUUACCAGGCAGGCAUUUGUCCACUAGGAAGUCCCCCCCCCCCCCUUUUUUUUUUCUUUCUUUUUUUGAAAUAAAAACAAUAAAUUGAACUUGCAUGGUUUGUUUUCAAUGACCAAAAAUGCAAACUGACUUCACAGUAGACUAUUAACAUGCUCCUGCAUGCCAUAUUCAGUAGUUUUUAAAUGUUGAUUUAAACAACACCAGGUGAUCAUUACUAUGUUUCCUCUUGAGACCCAGGCAUAAAUAGUUCAUAUGUCAGUUUUAAGUCUGGAAGUCCUGUAUAGCACAUUUAGGGCAUUUUAGAUAUGCAGAAUGACUUUAACCAUUAAAACUCCCUCUUUGGUCUUUAAAAAUAACUGACAUUGACUAAAUGAAAUGCUAGAUCUCUUAUGGUAUUAUGAUAUUUUGUAGUUAUUUACAAAUUUCUUAUCUUGAGAAAACAUGGGCUAUCAAAUCAGAAUACUACUUUCUGUUAUUAAAAAAAGGGCCUCAAUUUCAUGUUUGACAUACAGCAUGUUAAUCAGGCUUUUUUAGGGUGAUGCGAGUUGAUAGGCAAACAAAAGUGUAAAUAUUCCUAUGAAAAAUUGUUGGAAGUUAUUACUCAUAUUACCUCUUUAUUUUUUCUUCAUUACAUGUUGCCCCAAGAACACUAUGUAAAUUUGAUACAAUGUAUAGAAUAGUGAUGCCAAUGUAUGGCCGUUUUACACACACAUUGCAUAAUAUAAAAUAUACCAAAAUUG